AUGGCUGAGGUAUAUCCGUCAUUGGCACAAUGUGCCAUCGUUGCGGGAGCCCUCAAGGUACUACUCUUCCCAGCAUACAAGUCUACCGACUUUGAGGUCCACCGGAAUUGGCUUGCUAUCACUCAUUCGCUUCCGAUUCAAGAAUGGUACUAUGAGAAAACUUCAGAAUGGACUCUCGACUAUCCCCCAUUCUUUGCGGCCUUCGAAUGGGUAAUGUCGCAAGCUGCAGCAUAUGUGGAUCCCGCAAUGCUGGUCGUUAAGAACCUAGGAUAUGACUCGUGGGAGACUAUUUAUUUCCAGAGAGCGACGGUUAUAUUUACUGAGCUGGUUCUGGUCUAUGCGCUCAGCCGAUUCGUCAAGUCCGCUCCAUUUGCAAGCAAACAGGCUGCUCAUGUUGCCAGUCUCUCGAUUCUCCUCUCACCGGGCCUAUUCAUCAUCGACCACAUUCAUUUCCAAUACAAUGGGUUCAUGUAUGGGAUCUUGAUUUUAUCCAUUGUUCUCGCGCGAGAGCAAUCAAAGCUUCUCAGCGGCAUCGUUUUCGCGAUCUUACUUUGCUUCAAGCAUAUCUACCUCUACCUCUCCCUCGCCUAUUUCGUCUACCUGCUACGAGCAUACUGCCUAGACCCGAAGAAUGUCUUGCGACCACGUUUUGGCAAUAUUAUCAAAUUAGGGACUUGUGUGGUGGGCAUCUUUGCGAUAGCGUUUGGUCCAUUUGUUCAAUGGGGGCAGAUUCUUCAGUUGAAGGACCGGCUGUUCCCCUUCUCACGAGGACUGUGCCAUGCAUACUGGGCGCCCAACAUUUGGGCCAUGUAUUCGUUCGCUGAUCGAGCUCUCAUUCCAUUGGCUCCACGCUUGGGAUUGUCUGUGAACUCAGAAGCGCUCAAUAGCGUGACCCGAGGACUCGUGGGAGAUACAUCCUUUGCCAUUCUUCCCGAGAUCAGCAGCCAGCAAACCUUCGUAUUGACCUUCCUCUUCCAGUUGGUCCCUCUAGUCAAGUUAUGGUUUCAACCAGACUGGGAUACUUUUGUCGGCGCACUUACUCUUUGCGGCUACGCUUCUUUCCUCUUUGGCUGGCACGUCCACGAGAAAGCCGUUCUCCUUAUUAUCAUUCCAUUCAGUCUGAUUGCCCUCAAGGAUCGACGCCAUUUCAGCGCGUUCCGACCUCUCGCGGUCGCAGGACAUGUGUCUUUGUUCCCCUUGCUAUUCACAGCCGCCGAGUUCCCACUCAAGACCGUUUACACUGUCUUCUGGCUGAUUCUGUUCCUCUUCAUCUUUGACCGUGUGGCACCUGUCCCGGAGCGCCCACGUAUCUUCGUUUUCGACCGCCUGUCCUUGCUAUACCUCACAUUCGCCAUCCCGCUGAUUGUUUAUUGCUCUCUACUGCAUCAACUCAUCUUUGGGUUCGAGCGGUUGCAGUUCUUGCCUCUGAUGUUUAUGAGUAGUUACUCUGCGCUUGGAGUUGUUGGGAGCUGGAUUGGGUUCAUGGUUGUCUACUUCACUGCGUAG